AUGGCAGAAGCAGGGGAUUCUGGGAACAUCAAGGUCGUGGUGCGAUGUCGACCACUCAAUUCUCGAGAGCUGGCUCGUGGAGCAAAGUGCCUUAUUCGAAUGCAGGGAAACCAAACUAUCAUCGACCCUCCUGAAGCAGGCUCCGCCCAGGACUCUAAACGAGCGACGGAACGCAAAUCUAUGGCCUUUAGCUUUGACAAGAGUUACUGGUCAGCUGGUCCUCGAGACGAUCCUGGGUAUUGCUCACAACAGACUCUGUACGACGACUUGGGAAAGGAACUUUUAGAUCAUGGAUUUUCUGGGUUUAAUGCUUGCAUUCUUGCUUACGGUGCCGACAAGGGGAUAAUUCCGCUCACAUGCUCUGAAUUGUUCGAACGAGUGAACAACAAGAAAGCGGAUGACCCAAAUCUCAACUUCACUGUUGAAGUUUCAUAUAUCGAAAUCUACAACGAGAAAGUACGGGACUUGCUCAAUCCAAAGAACACAGGAAACCUCAGGGUUCGUGAGCAUCCGAGCUUAGGACCUUACGUCGAGGAUCUGAGCAAGUUGGUCGUUGGAAGUUACGAUGAAAUGAUGACCCUCAUGGACGAGGGUAAUAAGGCACGUACGGUGGCCGCAACAAACAUGAACGAAACUUCCUCCCGUUCUCAUGCCGUAUUUACGCUUCUUCUGACGAUGAAAAAACGAGAUGAGGCCACAAACUUAGAGACAGAGAAAGUCUCGCGCAUCAGCCUGGUCGAUCUGGCAGGAUCUGAACGCGCAAACUCAACGGGCGCGACGGGCCAGCGGCUAAAAGAGGGUGCCAAUAUCAAUAAGUCGCUGACCACUCUCGGUAAGGUCAUCUCGUCGCUGGCGAUGGCGAGCCAGAACGAAGGCAAGAAGGGCAAGAAGGGCAAAGCGGAGGACUUCGUCCCUUAUCGCGAUUCCGUACUCACCUGGCUGCUCAAGGACAGUCUUGGUGGUAAUUCGAAGACGGCUAUGAUUGCGGCCAUCGCACCAGCUGAUUACGAGGAAACAUUGAGUACGCUGCGGUAUGCCGAUCAGGCGAAGAAGAUCAAGAACAAGGCGGUGGUGAACGAGGAUCCGAACGCGAAGCUCGUGCGUGAACUCAAAGAAGAGCUCGAGAUGCUGAAAGCGCGCGUUGCCGGUGCAACUUCGGAAUCUACAUACGAUCCUAGUGUACCUCCAGAAAAGCAAAAAGUAACAUACCAAACAAAGGACGGUCGGAUCAAGACAGUCACGAAAGCAGAGCUCCAGGAGCAAAUGGAGGCGAGCGAGAAACUUAUGGAGAGUUUGAAUGAGACUUGGGAAGAGAAACUGCAAAGAACUCAAGAGGUGCAGAAGGAACGGGAGAAGGCUCUCGAGGAACUGGGCAUUACGGUGGAAAAGAAUCUCGUCGGUGUCCAUACACCAAAGAAGAUGCCUCAUCUUGUUAAUUUAAAUGAAGAUCCACUUAUGAGCGAGUGCUUAAUCUACCAGCUUAAACCAGGAAAGACUAUGAUUGGCCGACUUGAUAGUGAACUCCCUGCCGCAAUUCGGCUGAGUGGAGAUAACAUCCUCGAGGAGCACUGCUAUUUCGAGAACACAGAAGGCAAGGUUACGAUCGUGUGCAUGCCAAACAGCGUUACAUUUUUAAAUGGCAAGCAGCUUGAGCCAGGACAACCUCAUAAGCUUCGCUCUGGGUUCCGGAUCAUUCUCGGGGAUAAUCAUGUAUUCAGGUUCAAUAAUCCAGAGGAAGUGCGUAGGCAGCGGGAUAGGGCUACCAUGAAAACAAAUAUGCACCUAAGCGUCUCCGCUGGCGACAUUGACAGCGAGAAUUCACCGCGCCCACAAUCACCCACAUCCUCGACUGAUGAACAAUUCGACGUCGAUUGGAACUUUGCGAAGCGUGAAGCGGCCUUCGCAAAACUGGGUUUGGACCCUGCUCUUGACAACCUUCCUGAUGAGGACUUGAAUAAACUAUUCGAGAAAAUCACGAAAGUCAAGACUCUGCGAGAUCAUAAUUCGAAAGCUCGUCCGGAGAGUAGUCUGAGUCAAGUUGACGACAUCUGGAGUGAAACUAGCAGACCACAAACUAGCGAUGCUAAUACGGAUGACACUAGCCUGUAUGCGGGACCGAGUUACACUGGAAGUCCAGCAGUCGAUGGCGAUCUCAAAGAGGUUCAAGAUCAGUUAGAAAAUAGGCUGCAGGAAAUUGGAGGAGAGACUAACGAAGCCGAAGAUCUCAAAAUCGAGAAGGAGCAUAUGGAGCACCAGCUGCGGCUCGUCCGCACGCAAAUGAAACGGCUCAUCGAAGCCCGAGCUAGAGGCGACAACGACGUAGUCGGAUUGGACUUCGAACCUGUCGUCUUUUCUGCACGCCAGCUAAGGUUGAUCAGAAAGGUGCUAGAUCGAUGGAGAGCACAUCGCUCGUUCUCGAUGGCGGAAAUAAUUUUAACAAACGCAGUCAUGAUCAAAGAGGCCAACGUUAUCAGCAAGGAGCUUCGGAAAGAGGUAUCAUAUAAUUUCACCAUCGCAUCUGGAGGUUCUUUAGCUGCCCCAACGUCGGCUGUGGAUACUAUAGCCGGUCUUGGUGAAUUCGGUGACGUCGCGGACCCCAUAUUGGCUUCUGCAACUCAACCAUCUGUUGCUGUUAAAGUACUCGAUAAAAGACAUAAUGCCAUUUAUGCAUGGUCUUUGGACCGUAUGCAGCAGCAAAUGCAACGAAUGCGAAAUUUAACGACGUAUAUUGACCGGCCUUCGUACACACAACAUUUCUCCUCCGACGAACCUUUCUUUGACUCCCCUCCCCCAGAGUAUUCCUUCAUUGGAAAUGCUCUCAUUUCAUUGGCGACACUUUCUCGGAAAUUAUCGUCGACUUCUACAGUACCCAUAUUCUGUCGCUACACAUCUGAAGCCAUCGGCUCAUGUAGAGUUGACAUCAAGAUCGUCAAUGUUGUGCUCUCUUCCAAAUAUCACUCGUCUCCACCCACCCGAUCAUCGUCACCAGCACCUGGAACAGUCCCCCCAGGAAGCAAACUGACUUUUUUCCUCACUAUUGAUCAAGUCAGAGGCUUAUCUUCACAUGAUUUUCGAGGUGUACAUCUUCAAGUGCGGCUGUCUUCAUUUGUAGGCACAUCAGUCACCGCUGAAGAAGUAUUUCCAUCACCGGCCUUGGACAUGGAUGUAUCCUCUCUCUCCGAGCUCAAAUUUAGGCGCAAUUUCUCUGUUAUCACAACGUCCAGGGUCCUGAACCACCUGCGACAGGGUUAUGCUCCUAUUGAAUUUUUUGCCGCUCUUAAACCCACCUAUCUGGAACGGAUGGAGCGAUGGGAUGAAUUGAGGGAACAAAAACAGUUCAUACGUCCCAAUUCGACCUCACCAUCCCCAGAACCACGGCCGGCCACCCUACCUCUAAUGCGCCGUUCUGAAACCGACUUUGUGGUAGAGCAGGUGCAUGACGUAGUCGCGUGGUUGCAGAUAUGUGAACUUGGGCCGGAAGGCUCUUAUAUUCCAGUUCCAGUUCUUUCGCAGGGUAACCUUGACCCGGGUGUAUUUUCAUUACAUCAAGGAUUGCAGAGGCGUAUCGUCAUUUCAUUGUCGUCAAACUCUGGUCAGCAGCUUCCAUGGCAGGAGUUUACAAAGGUUCGCAUUGGGAACGUUCGCCUCCUCGAUGCUAAAGGCCGCAUCCAUGAUUCGUCUUCGAAGGCACUUGUCACACUGCCGCUGCUCCAAGAUCAAAUUGUUGAAUUUAAACCCGACGGGUCAGGUACACUUACUGGUGAAGCUCUCUGGGAUUCCAGUGUACACGAUUCUGUUCUUCUCAACCGUGUCACUGCAUCUAAUCAGCGUGUCAUGGUGCAAAUUACAUGGGCAAUUGCGGUCGAAAUCUGCAGUGAUCCCGUACAAUUUAGUAUGGACAUUGCAGUCGCCAUGCAGACUCGAGACGCUGGUCCACCUUCAAAAAUUCUCACGUUUUUCGGAUCCAGCAAAAUCUUGUCCAAGACUAGCACUCUAUUCACUGUGCGGUUAUCGCCACCUUUAACGCGUUCUGCGAAAGAUUUAUGGCGGCUAGAUACAUCGGAGAAGUAUGUCAGAGGAGAAGAAAGUCUUGGUAUCUGGAAACCUCGGGGGAUAUCUGUUGUGGAAGAUUAUUCCAGAUUGAUUACAACAGAAAGACGGGCGGCCGAUGUUCAGGCUAUUAGAGUCAUUUUGACUGCCUCGCCUCCUAAACCCAUCGCUCAGGAUACACUCGCAUGGCGAGCAAACGACCUGCUGAGAAAAUCCGUUUCUUUGUGGCAGAAACAAUUUGGACACCGUGGAAAAAUUAUUUUGAGUCAAGACCCUGCCGACCCUGAGGAAAACGGUACAUCUAAACAAACGCCGGACAGACCAGUACCUGAUGGUUUAAAGUUAACCUCCGAAACCAAAGUUGUUCCCCGGAGCGACGGCUCAACGAAAAAAGGUCAUCUGAUGAUCCUCACAGAUGCCAGUCAGGAUAUCUGGGAACGAAAGUGGUUUGUUUUGAAGAGGCCCUACCUUCACAUUUUUGCUCACUCCAACGAGCUGGAAGAAACAGGUAUAAUCAGCCUAACAGGAGUUAAUGUUGAAAGCGACCCUCAUAAAGAGUCGUUGCUUGGGAAGCCUAACUCCUUUACUCUAUUCACGUCUUCGAACUCCCAUGCUCUCGCCGCCCCAACCCCUAAGGAAUUACAGUCGUGGAUAACCAAGUUAGAUCCCACUCGAUUGCCUCAAACUUGA